AUGGCAGCAUCUUAGAAAGUAGUUAAUGGAAUAGCCAAAGGCUUGCAAGAAUACGUUAAUCCAACAAAAUUGGCUCCUUUUAAAAAGGCUGUUAGAGACUAAAUGAUGGAAAUUGAAGGUUUAUAAGCAUUUGAAUAAGGUCUCUAUCACAAUAAAGAUUAUGAAAAUAUGAUUAAGCAACUUGUAGAAUCAAGAAAAGCAUUUAGAAAUUCAAGAAGUAAAACUGAAAGAUAAAGCAUUGCAAAAUAAUAAUAUGAUGAAUGGUCUAAAUAUGUAGAGAUUCGUAAAAGCUAGUUGACUGAAGAUUUCUAAAUUCCUAAAAAUUUCUAAAGUCAAAUGGAUCAAGUUUGGGGAUUUGUAAAGAAUCGUAAAGAAUCUACUAUUCACUCUUCAAAAAUGCUUGACUUCCAUUACGAAUUAAUGAACUAAUUCAAAUUCUCUAUUCCUAUUGAACCCAGACUUCUUGUUUAGAUGAUUCAUCCUCACUUUGGUUAUCUUAGCAAUUACCCUGGAAACUUUACUCAAGAAGAUAUUUUAGAAGUCUAUAAAUGCAAAUUAGUUGCCUCUAUGGAAAGAGUUUUAGGUUAAGAUUUACUUGCCAACGAAAUCGCUGCAUAUACUUAUUGGAAAAUUUAUGAUAAGUAAGCACAAGGAUCAUUUGAUCUUAAAACUUUCGGUGAAUUCAUGAAGACUUUCAGAUUUAAUUUAGAUGGUACUGCUGAAAAUUUCAAGUAAGAAUUUAAGUUUGCUCUCCAAUUACAUCCUGGUGAGUUAAGCAAUGACUUAUAAGAGUCUGAUUAAUUAGUAAGAUUUGACUUCUAUCGUUACCUUUUCUUAGAAAGAAAUCUUUGA